CGACGAUCGCGUAAAUUAGAAAAGUGUUAUGAGAGACUCAAGCCGCUGGAACCCCGUCUAAAUGAGUUGUUUUCUGCGCCAAGCGACGUUGGCGCCAAUAUCCCUCAGCAUGAACCUUGGUUAGCAUGGCUUCGACGAAGUUUCGAGCUUCUGGCUUCAACUUCCGUUUUCGACCAAUUGCCCGAACUUCUAAUUGCGGCUCUACAAGGGCGAGUAACCUAUAAUUUUGAGAUCAAUCAGGAAAUCAUGAACGCCCGCUCUGGUCAGCAGUUUCAACAUUUGGUUAUAAAAUCCACAUGUGCUGCUUUUGAGGCUCGAAAAGCAAUGCUCAAGGCCUUGGAACAAGUCCAUAAAAUUUGGUUCCAAUUUUCUCUAAGGCGUAUUGAUAUAAUGGAUGUAGAAAUCAACUUCUUUGUAAAAUUUUAUAAGGAGGCUCAAAUGAAUGGUGAAGAGCUUGAUACCUCUAUAUUGCAAGAAUACGCAAAAUGUUGUGGCCGUCGGAAUACGCGCGACACAUUGCAUUAUCGGACUGAACUGGACGCACAUAUACGUUGCGCAUACUGCACAGCUCUCCAAACCCUACGAAACUAUCGGCGGAUCCUCAACCAAGAGACGACGAAAAACAGUAAAGGCUUGAAUGGGAACGGUGGUGAAGAUUGGGUUGAGGAUAUGGCUUAUGCU